UGCAGUGGUUAAUGUUACACUCAGAUCACAAGAUGGUAUUAUUUUAGGAAAGACUCGAGUUACAUAUAUUGAGGUGAAUCUACAACAAGUGGUAUCUUCUACACGUGACCUGCAAAACUUUUGCGAAGACUAUAUGAGUGGUAAUCAAUCUGGUAAUUUAUCUGGAAACAGUAGAGGUGAAACAGAAAGUUCUAGAACUCUUGGAUGCCACAAACCAGUUCAGAUGUUGGGUCUGUUAGUAUAUGUAGCAGCAGAAACUGGCGCUCAGCAAUUCAUUGAAAUAAUCUUCAACUCUUCAGCGGGAAGAGUGGUACACAAUGCUUACAAAGGCAAUUUAACAUUGCCAGAAACUAUUGCCAGAGAUCAUGGCAACGAAGAGACUGCAAAUUACCUUGAAGAGGUGACCAAAAGAUUUUCUGAGGAGACUACGACUGAUAGCGAAUGCUCUCAGACAGUUGAUUGGUCCGAACUCGUGAAAGCUGCUGAGGCAGCAGAAAAACAGUUUGAUCUUACCAGGGAAAAAGAAGAUGAUAAAAUUCAAAAGGAUAUCCCCAAAGAAACUGGUUAUUUAGGAGAUAUUGACACAUCGUCCAGUGAAUCAUCAGAGGCUCAAAGCUCGGAUUCUGAUAAUGAUAUUUCAAGAACGUCAAGGAAAGGUGAUAUACUGAAGUUAGACCUUCAUAGCAGUCUGUCUUGUAUAUGCAUUUGGCUACAAUUUUUUUCCUAUCAAGCUCAGGUUUGGGUCUUCUUUGGCCACUGUACUUGUCCACUGUGCCGAAUUGGGCAGGAGCUGGUUCACGCAGAAAUCAAGUAGUGUUCAAGUACAUUGUCAUAGUUUGCAACAAUCAACAAUUAAAAUUUUAUUGACUUUCUCAAUCUCCCCAUCACUGUAUUAUCUCCCCUUCAAAAAACUAUGGAGUUUAGGGAGGU